AUGAAACAAUUAACGAUUUUAGUGUUGCUAGCUGCAAUUUUCUAUGUGGAGGGAGAAGAGGAAUUUUUACCAUCCUACCUUAAACCCUGUGAUUUACAAAAGUCUGACUUCAAGAAAUGUGUGCGUCAACAAAUAGAAAACAGUCUACCGCUAUUCUCAAAGGGUAUACCAGAAAUUGGCGUCCCUUCCAUAGAUCCAGUUGAUUUAAAUGACAUUGUUAUUGACGGAAAUGGACUCAAGUUGACAUUUACGAAAGCCAAAAUGCACGGACUCUCUGAAGGAUCGUUAACAGAUUUUAUAAUUAACAUUGGAGAAAAGGAAGAAACCUUCAAAUUGGGCUUCAAAGGCAACUUAAGCAUGACAGCACAAUACAAUGCUGAUGGAAAAAUCCUAAUUUUGCCUAUCAGGGGAGACGGUGACUCACUAAUAAAAUGCCGAAACGUAGAAGUGGAGAUCAACAGCAAGUUGAACCACGUCAAGGACGCCAAAGGUGAACACUUCAAACUAGCGACGCCGAACUACAAAUACAACAUCGAGUCCACCACUUUUGAUUUCAAGAACCUGUUCAACGGAAACAAACAGCUCGCGGAGACUACACUACAAUUCGCGAAUGAAAACUGGAGACAGCUCAUGGACGACCUCGCGCCACCAGUCAUCAAACAAAUCGUAAAAACCAUUGUCAAAGCAAUCAACAAGUUCUUCUCGAAAGUGGCAAUCACCACCAUAGUUUUGGGUUAUAAGGAGGCGUAA